CCGGUACCAUAUACAGAAAGCAUGGGAUGCCGUAGGAUGCGGCGUUGAUUCAUUCCGUCGGCGGCGACUCCGCCAAGGACUCGAGCGUCGUCGACGACAUGCUUCGUAAAGCCGCGGCCGUCGCCGGCGACUCCGAGGGGAGCGGCAUGGACAUCUCGCGCAGGGCCGCCGCUUGGAGUCGGGUCGUGCCCGGCGGGUAGGUCGCGAGCGCCGCGAGCUGCGACGGCGACGGCGGCUGCGACUCGCGCACGGGCGAGCUCGGCAUCGACGCGCAGCGCGGCGUCGGCGGCUCCGACCGGUACUCUCUUUUAAUCUAG